UUUCUCGUAAAAUUACUACGGUAGUCUAGCUACCGGUAGUCUUUUUCCUCCUUCUGAUUCGAUUCAUAAAAUUCAUUGGCAUCAUCUAUUUCAUCUCAUCUCAUCUAUCCAUAGACAGACAGACAAAGAGCACAACAACGAGAGCUACCAUAGCUAGUAGUACUAGUAGUAAACGUGCCUUCCUUUCUCUAAUUCUAAAGAUGGGAUUGCUGGACGCACUGGGUAGCUUGGGUACGAAGAACGUUGCUCUGGUGGUGUUAACCGUUACGACGAUUGCUCUAUCGAUAGCACUAGGUGUCACCGUCUCCGAGUUCAAUGAGCAACGGCUGCGCUACUCUCAGUAUGGACAACCUCCCCCACAAGAAUACAUUGCCAUUGAUACUACUACCUCUACUACUGCUGGUGCUACUGCUAGUGGAAAGGAUGAGGUCAUUCAAGACUCUACCACGGCAGCCACCACUGGUCAAACGCCAGCAGCAGAGGAUGAAGACCAAGAUGUUCUGUUUGGCGCGCCACUGCAAUUUUCGGAGAAUGAAAAUAGCCAGAGUGCCGAACGCGCCAUGGUGACGAUUGACCUCAGUAGUAGUGCCACCAUUAGUUGUCCUACGACGGCCGCGUCGUCGCAAGCAUUUACUGUGGCGGACUUGGUCAAUCCCGCCGCUCUCGGCAUUACACUCUCGGCUACCAAUCAAUUGUGUACAUUAGUGCGGCUCAAUACUGCUGCAUCUCCGUCCAAUACGUUUAUUCAGCCCCUUGCCCGAAGCUACAGUGGUAAUGACUGGGAGAAAACACGGGGAGCCUUUGUUCAACAAGUUGCCUUUGAUUGCACACCGGGCACUAGCUGUACCAUUGACAUGACGAAAAUCGAAGCAGUCGCAGCAGGAAGUCAAUACCAGUUAUCUACCUUUGAUCCACCGGCGCAUUACACCAAACGCGAUGUCAUUGCACGAUUCUUGGAACAGACUACCUUUGGUCCUACUACGGCCGAUAUUGAUGCCCUCGAAGCGGCGGAACCGAGCACGGACUUGGACGCGCUCAAACAAUCGCUGGCAUUGGCCACGUACGUGCAAGAACAACAAGCGACAAAUUCCAUCUUUUCCCAUCGCGCCCAUUAUCGCAAACAUCUCAAUGCCAGAUUUGAACAUGCCGGACCCAUGGGACGCAUUACCUGGCCGUGUGAACGGGGAACCCGCUAUCGGCGCAUGGCGUUCUCGGAUAAGGACGACGAAAAGACAUUGGUCGUCACGUCCAGUGGAACCACCAAACUUUUUGCCAUUGAUGGCAAAGUACGGACGGCCUAUGAUCCACCACUCUACGGGAUUCUCUCGGGAGGUGUCAUUACCGAAGUCUGGUAUCCCGAUGGAGAUUAUCGGAUUUGCGAGAUUAAAUACGAUCUAUUCACAGCACUCUCCAGCGUCACGGUCAAACACCCCGACCAUGCGGACUGCAUCACGCUCGUCACAAAAGGUGCCGAUGGAUACUUUUAUUCCAAUCUACCCAUCAACGUACAUCCGGGAUCCAACGAUGUCAUGAUAAACAUUCCCAUUGGCAGUGCAGCACCCAUUGAUGUCAAUUAUGCCAAUGCACAACCCGCAUUGGUCGAAAAUCAACUCAACAGUCCCGAGCAACCCGAAAUCAUAUUGUCGGCCGAUUUGACCGACGAGGUUUGUUUUGAAUUGCGAGGUGGUCGAGGCGAUGAAUGUACUCCCACUGGAACCGAGCCCUGUAAAAAGAUACGAUGUAUGGCGCCCCCACCGGGAUGUUUCAACGUGGAAAGUCAUUUCGUUGUCACGGACGAAGGGUUCUGCUGUCCGGGACCGUGCUAUCAAGUGGAUAGUCUCGGGAACAGGUGCAAUGGAGAUGAGAAAGCAGUGAUUGCACAAUGGAAUGGCCAACUUUAUAUACAUGACCCUCGACGCUACAUGUUGGAAAACACUCUCGAGGCGCCCAAGCAAGAUGGCGGCGGAGAAAUUGAAACCGACUAUAACAAUCCGCUGGGAGACGAGUGGACGGCCCGAUGUGCCAAUGCCAAAAGGAACUUUGUCAACGAGGAUUCGUGCUUUCUUUCCAAUUCACCCGAUGCUUGUUCCUAUCGACCGACACAGACAGUUGUGAAUGAACAAGAUCCAUAUUCAUGGUUCAAUGUCACGUUAGAGGCUCUCAAAAAGGUCUACCAACAAACGGGGGCUGGAGCGGGAGGAAACACCGUCUACCUGUAUGCUAUCGAUGGGCUACGAGUCGAAGAUGACAUCAAAGUUGCACCGCCCUGUCAAAAGGGAAGACAUCGGUUCAUCAAAGGACCGUGCACAACUCCAGGAGAAGGGCCCCUAGGGCCUCUUGAGGCGAGCACUAUUGACUUGUUUGAACGAAAAUUGGCCAGUCGAGACAAUGUAAACGAAAACCCCUUCUACAUGGAUUGGUAUCGUGGUGCCAACACGGAUCCCUGUGACCCAUUAGAUUCCCUGGCAGUCGCAUUUGAAAUUCGCAACACAAACAUGGAUGGAACAUGUUUCAAGCAUGUCCACCCCGAUCACUUGAAUGUGUAUGACUUUACAUAUUGGACCAUCUCACACCCAGGAAACAGCGAGACGAGAAAUCCAAUCAAAGAGCUCCACGAGAGUGGCAAUGCCAUCUUGACAUUUCCCGAUUGGCACGGAAUGGACCGAUGGCAACAACAGAAAGGCGCGGCCAAGCCAGGCAACAUGCGACUAGGCGAGAGCUACGACUUUUAUCGCCUGCCUCUGGCGAUUCGACGUGUAGACGUUGCUGGAGCUCUGGGGGUUCGUUUGAAUUAUCAACCCCAUGAUGAAGAUAUCCCCGGACCGUUCAUGGUUUGUGGAAGCCCUUUCGAAGUUGCCAAUGAUCCAUUCCAGGGUGGAGACUCCUAUAUGGGAGCGUUUGACGCUGAUACGUCCUUCUAUCAGACUACAAAGGGCACAUAUCUGAAAUCGCAGCUCAGGAUUACAUGGUUCGUUGCCGCCUUGUCACAAACCGGCCAGCUCCGACAACGGGUUGCAUGGGCCCUCUCGCAAAUUUUUUCGAUUUCACCUGAUGCCAUAAUUAGUGGCGACACCCUUUCGGAGGCAUUCCUGGUGUACUAUGAUAUAUUUGUCCGGCAAGCAUUUGGCAACUACAGAGAUGUAAUGAAGGAGGUUUCCUUCUCACCGAUCAUGGGUGAAAUGCUUACAUACUACGGUGGGCGCUCUACAGCGACUGUUUUCGAAGAUGAGGGCAACAUCCAAUUUGCCGACGAAAACUAUGCUCGGGAGGUUAUGCAGCUCUUCAGCUUGGGACUAUACCGUCUCAACAAAGACGGCACCCAGCAGUUGGAUGGGAGCGGAGGCACCCAACUUGUUUACACUAACGACGAUAUUGAAGAGUAUGCGCGAGCCUGGACUGGCUUCAUCCGUCAGGGAAGGCGCGGGAAUAUCGAGGAGAUGGCAAAGCUCAAUCAGAUAGAUCCAAUGCAGAUUUUCGCUCCCUGGAGGGAUCGGUUGCCCAAGAUGGGUCUUGAUCGAACCUCUGACCCGGAGCUGCACACUGACCCAGUGGAAUGGCGCGGCGAUGGCACUGCGGUCAGGCUUACGCUUGAUCCAGCCAGCCAGUUGUUCACCAAACUAAUCUCUUUGGUGCCACAGCUCCGGAUAGUUCUGGACGCAAAUCUUGAUUGUACGGGAAUCGAAUGCAGCAUUGACACAGUCCGUGUUGUUAAGGUUGGCGACUAUUACUACGAAUAUAUUCGGACACCUUGUGUUCUCCAUGCUUUCUUUGGUAAUGCCAAGACCAUUGCAAGGCGUGCUAAUGGCAAUGAUGCUAUGUGUGGAGAUCCUAACAACGUGGAGACUGCAACAACUGCAUGCUGUGAAACCAGCAACUCUUGGAAUGAGCAGUAUUUUGGUGAGCGGACGGUUUUUGCUACCUCACAAGGGCGAUGCUCUUUGUGUGACCUUAGCACCAGACCCUCGUGUACGGCCAACGAAUGCCUCGCUGACAACUACUAUUGGACAGAAGAGAGCUGCAUGGUCAAGGCCAAGAUAAACCCUUCUUCAGGCAAGGUUGGAGUAGUUCACGAGCCAACUGGGGUCGCCACUGAUGAUGUGGCUUCCAUUGUACAGCCGCACACACAAACAUACUUUCGCGUGGACUGGACUUGUGGAGAUGCCUCGGCCUGCGGCUUGAGCGCUUGUGAAGUACUUCCUUCAUGCAGCAUGACCACCGAUGGGAUGUGUCUCUGCGAAGUAAGCGUCGCCGACGAGCCAGUAUUCGGUAUAGCUACACCACCGACCCGAGAACAAGUCUUGGAUUUGCUGCACAUUGGAGCUGUGAAACCGUUUGGAAUUGAUGCGCGAGUGCUACCAUCUGAUCCUGAUGUGAAAGUGUACUAUGGCGACACAUCGUUCACCGAAUCUUCCAUCUUCGAGGUAGUUGAUGAUUAUGGUCGAACAGUUCUCAGAAAGAACGUACGGUCAGUAGUCAGCGUCGCCGGAACAACAACUCUGUCAUUCCGUAAUCCAGUGCAUUUUAUGCAUCUCGCGGACCCUGAACCUCGAGAUGCAUACCACGAGACGGAUGCCACCUUGGACCAUUAUUUCUAUCACCCAAACACCGGGCCGUUCGUUGCCUAUCGCUUUGCCCAAAGAUUUGGAAUCUCAAAUCCAUCUCCGCGCUACGUCACCUCUAUCACUGAUGCAUUUGUAACGGGAUUGUACACGUUCAAUGCUGGUGUCACAUCCGUCAACUUUGGAAGUGGCAAGUAUGGUGACCUGGCAAGCACGAUUGCGGCAGUUCUGUUGGACCGCGAGGCUAGGGAUUUCAUCUUGGAUAUGGAUCUGUCAUAUGGUUCCGUCAAAGAACCAAUCAUCAAAAUUACUGGUCUGUUGCGGUCUCUUGGUUUUAACCUCAACGAUCUUUUCAAGUGGGUCGAGUUCCAAUUUGAUAUUGGAGAGACUCUUGGUCAAAUGGCGCAUGAGAUCCCAUCGGUCUUCUCAUUUUUCCUCCCAGAAUACCAACCAUCAGGCCCUGUAUCCCAAGCUGCGUUGGUAGCUCCGGAGGCCCAGGUUUUAUCAGCACCCACAAUCAUCAACACAAUGAAUGGAAUUCUAUCAGCAUUAAAGUACGGCCUUAACAAUUGCGUCUCGGGCUUUGGUCCUACAGCGUUCCAGAUGUCGAGGUUCUGUUCAAGUGCAACGAUUGGAAGUACGGUGGGCGUGGGCGGGUUUGGCUUCACGCCGUCAUCCACGGAUGCCGCUGUUGAUGAAUUAGCCACUCUAAUGACUGCGGGCAGACUGAGUCCUGAAAAACGAACGAAACUCAAGAGCCUGUAUGAUUCACCCAUCGAGUCGCAGAUGCUCAUCUCUUCCACCCCAGAAUUUCACGCUACGGGUGUUACACAAACAACCGGGGUGAGUAGGCCUCCAAAACCGGCUGCAACUGCGUCGUCGACCCCCUACAAGGCUCUUGUUUAUGUCUUCCUGCCUGGGGCCUAUGAUUCUUGGAAUACCCUCGUUCCCCACACCUGUACAGUCACAAACUCUGCUGGCCAAACUCCUCGAGAGCAGUAUGAAAAUGAGCGAUCAGCACUAAAACUGGUUGAUAGUGAGAGAACCAGAAUUAUUGAUGCCACUGGACAGCCUUGCUCCCAAUUUGCGGUCCACCCUGAUAUGGAGUUUCUGGAAAGAAACUACAACGGCGGCGAUUUGGCAUUCUUUGCCAAUGUGGGGCAGAUUGAUACUCCAGUGACAAAGGACGACUACCAAAGGCUCUCGAGGUCUCAGCUGUUUGCACACAACAGCAUGCAACAAGAGAACUACAAGAUUGAUCCUUGGGACGCGAAAACUGGUACUGGUCUUCUAGGGCGCACAUGUGACGCCCUUCAAUUGAAAGGAUUCAAGCCACAACCAAUCACGGUUACCCAUGUAAACGUCGCAACUGUGGGCGUUCCAGGGGCAUCUGAGCCUCCAUUGGUGGUAGGUCUGAACGGGGUCGAUUCAUUUGCGCGAGCACGUGGGACUGAUGGAAUCGAUCUGAAUGACCAUUGGAGCGACAUGAACAAUGCUACUGAGGCACAUAGCAGUGCCUUCGGUGAAACGUGGUCCAUCAAUUUCAAAAGAGCUGUGGAAGAUUCUGGGCAGCUGAAAACCGCGCUGGACAAUGUAGCUCUAACCCAAAACUACCCUGACGCUGAAGGGGCAGCAAGGAACAUGAUCCGAAAUGUCAAGACGAUGGCCAGCAUGAUAUUAACUCAUGAAGAACGAGGGGUUGAUCGAGAUGUUAUGUUUGCAAGGGUGGGAACCUGGGACCAUCAUGCAAGGAUGAAAACAGAGCUAAAAGAAAAUUUUGUUGGCCUCGACCAAGCUCUUUCAAUAUUCGAGAGCGAAAUGAAAGCACAAAAUCUGUGGGCGAACGUUACAGUUGCGGUUGUUUCAGAGUUUGGCCGAACCUUGACUGCCAACAGCGGGGACGGAAGUGACCAUGCAUGGGGUGGACACUAUUGGCUUGUUGGUGGCAGCGUCAAAGGCGGACAGAUCUUGGGUGAUUAUCCACCAGAUAUCACCUCGCUCGGGCCAGUCAAUAUUGGGAGGGGGCGUAUCAUGCCGACAUCUAGCUGGGAGUCCAUGCUAACCGCACCUCUGCAAUGGUUGGGGCUGGAAACUGAAGCAGAGUUGGACUAUUGCAUGCCUAAUAGGUUGAAUGCAGGUGCAGCUCUGUUCACAGCCGACCAAGUUUUCAAGCCGUAA